AUGUUGAUACAUAUUAGAGGGGCACAAGAUGUUAAGAGUGAUGGUAAUUGUGGUUUUAGAGCCAUUGGAUCAUUGAUGGGAUUCGGUGACAAUGCUUGGCACAAAGACUUCCCACUUCAAGAUAGGUGGAUGACUAUAUCAGAUAUGGGACACCUCAUUGCAUCUUGUUAUAAUGUAAUCCUCAUGACUUGGUCAGUGCAUCAGUCACUUAAAUUUUUUCCAUAUGAGACUGCUCCAUUGGAUUCUAUCUAUCGCCAUGAGAUUUCGAUUAGAUUUGUUAACCACAACCACUGGAUUAAGGUUUAUUUGGAAGGUCAACACCCUAUGCCACCAAUUGAUAUGAGUGUUGGUUGA